AUGCCGCAGUCCUCGCUGAUGACCUGGCUAAACAAGCCGAGGGCAGUCAACGAGCCUCCCAAGUCAGAUAAAGUCUCUCCGGAACAGCAUGAACCUGGCUCGAACGACGAACACACAUCGACAGAAAGCGACGACGACUGUCCGUUGGAAAAUGGCCCCAUGAUACCCAGUAAUGUCACGGAGACGGCAACAAAGCAGGUUCUACCGCCAACGGCACCAAAAGGUCAUCUUCCACCCAAUGUCGACUUCCGCUCGUGCACCAAGCAGGAUAUCUUCCAUCUGAAACGACUGACCAGCUUACUGCUACCCAUCCCCUACCCAGACAGCUUCUAUCGGGAGAUUAUCGAGGACCUCCUGAGCAACAAUAUCACGAUGCUCGCAGUCUGGCACGAUGAUCCGGCAGCCAAAGGCCAGGAGAAGGGUCGUCUGAUCGGCGCCAUCCGCUGCAGACUGUUUGCGCACUCUCCAGUUGCAGAGGCCCACGAGCAUUUCCGGAAAGGGCCGAUGCUGUAUCUGAGCACGCUGGUGCUUCUGUCCCCUUAUCGAAGUCAUGGCAUCGCCACCCAGUUGCUACACAUCCUCACGAAACGUGCCAUCGAGGACUAUGGUAUAUCGAGGGUUGGCGCGCAUGUUUGGGUGGCUAAUACAGAAGGCUUGGAAUGGUAUCGGAAACGAGGAUUUCGUGAGGUAAGAAGGGAGAGUGGUUACUACCGGCGACUGGACCCGCAGGACGCCGUUGUAAUGCAGAAGGACGUUGGGCCAUCAGAUCUUCUACCAAGCUGA